AUGCCGACAGGCUCUAACCACUCAUCCUAUGCCCGGCCUAUACCCGGCCAAGCAACGACUUGUGUUGCCGCCUGCCUCUUGCCUCCGGAGGCAAUCGAUGACAGGUUUAACCCUGCCUCCGGCCUUGGUCGUCCGGUGCCAGAAAAGAUGAGUCAGUCGAACUGCUGUCCCUGUCGAGAGAGGUUUCAUUCUGACAAAUCUGUUCCCACAACUCUGAGGCGAUUGGACCGAGUGUGA